CACACUCCUUUUCUUCUUUUCUUGUUGUUGUAGCACACAAUUCAUUUCCUACUCCACUCUUGUCAUCACACUCAAAAGCUCUACUGGCGCCAGCCCUUCUUCUUCUUCUCUCCCAUCACUCUCAUUCUCUCAUUCUCCCGUGCCAUUCUUUCUGUCCUUGGGCUGUUGCUACAAACAGCGACACGCCGGAAGAGCAAGAGCAUAAUACCGCCGCAAAAAUAGAACAUACUUCCCACAACUGCCGCCGUUUACACCUCAUCGCUCCACCACUUACCGCGUCCCUCCCUCCCGACACCGAACCAUGGCCCUUCAUCAGAAGCCGCCGCAGCACGUCUUCAUCCUCCCCACGCCCUGCGAUCAGUACAAUCCGCUCUUUGACACCGUCCAGUCUACAGAAAACUUUGUGCUCCAGCGUACAAAGGCCUCGAAAAGCCAGUUUUUGAACUCGUUUCUGGGUACCAUCCAAAAUGUCUUCGACACCAAACAGGCACCGUUUCGAAUUCUGUUUCGGCGUCAAGUCAACGCUCAAGCGCUGAUGAUUGCCGAGGCAGAGACACAAAAGAGCAUAGAUCAGGCCUGGAGCUGGGUGCAGGACAACUUUGUGGUUGGACUACAAGUUCUGGAUGAUGCUCAGGAAAAGGAAGAAUGGGUAUUGACAAAGAUUCGGUCGCUUGUGACACGAGCGGAUAAGGGAACGGACGAUAUCACCUCGGAUGAGAAGGUCAGAAGCGCCUCCCGUGCUUUUCGCCAGACCUUCAAUGUCCUGCCCUCAGAACGACUCGUCAGCUAUUACUCGUGUUCAUAUCACGGCAAGAUGAUGAAUCAGGGCUGGAUGUAUAUCUCGGAGAAUUACCUAUGCUUUUAUUCGUUCAUGCUUGGGAUGGAGACAAAGAUCUUUUUGGAGCUGAAGGAUAUUGGCGAUCUUCAAAAGGAAAAGAGUAAACGAGGUGUUUUUGCUGAUGCCAUUCGCGUCGUCAUGAAGGAUGAACAGGAGUAUUUCUUUUCCAACCUUUUUCAUCGCGAUGAAACGUACGAUAUGCUGGUCCAACUGACCACCUUGACUAUGGAACGUUUGCUGAGGAGUACGGCACUGGAGCAUGCACCCGGAAUGUCUAACGGAGAUGAUUCAGAGAGCGUCAAGGAUGUAUUCUCUGUGGAUGUCGACAGCUUAGACGGCACCGAGUCGUCGUAUCCUCCUGCACCGACCACUCGACCCCUGCGGUUAGGUCUCGAGGAACAGAAGAGGGACAGUCAGUUCCAGCAGCGAUUCACCUUGCCAACAUCUGAGCAUCUCAUGGAAGAAUCAAGUGCAACUAUGGUCCAGGGAGAUAAAACUGAGAUGUAUCACGGGCGACUAUAUUUGUCUGAAUCCUUCCUUUGCUUCAUUUGCGCGGAUGCAAACCCUUGUCUACUUGCAUUGCCUCUGUACACCAUCCGUCGUGUCGAGAGAAUGAACUCGCGCUCCGCCAUGUACGCACUCAACAUUUUGACAUGGCAUCAGAUGAGAAUUGUCUUCCGCCUCAACGGACCCAGAACGCAGUGUGAGAAAUUUUGCGGCACCCUCAAGACUAAUUUGAAACUGCAAGUGAGGGCGAUGCGAGCGCUGAAGCCAUUUCUCGCCACCUGUUUCUCAGAGGCGCUUUUAGCCGAUCGCCCCGAUGUUGCUGAGAAAGACUCUGGACUCGGAUGGAUUUUUGAGUUCCCGGGCGACCCCAAAAAGCUUAAGAACAAGAGCAAGACCAAGCUCUGGCUUCAGUACUUGAAAGAUAAUGGACGAAACCUAACAAUGACCAAGGUCGCCACAUUUCCGAAACUUAUUCGCGUUGGACUUCCGAACAAACUUCGUGGAGAGAUUUGGGAGGCAUGUUCUGGAUCGCUCUUUCUCCGUUCGAUGAAUCCCGGAGAAUAUGCUAGACUGCUCAAAGAUAACGAGGGCAAGAUGUCCCUAUCGCUGGAAGAAAUCGAGAAGGACUUGAACAGAUCAUUACCGGAAUACCAGGCAUAUCAGGCCAAUCAAGGCAUCAACCGCCUUCGAAAUGUAUUAAGUGCAUAUGCUUGGAAGAAUCCAGACCUUGGCUAUUGUCAGGCAAUGAAUAUUGUUACAAGCGCCAUCUUGAUCUAUCAGAGCGAGGAGCAGGCCUUCUGGACGUUGAACGUGUUGUGCGAUCGCCUUCUGCCGGGCUACUACAGCACGUCCAUGUACGGUGCAUUAUUGGACCAGACUAUUCUUGAGCAUCUGCUGGAGAAGACCAUGCCUAUCCUAAGCAAGCACUUGAAAAAAGUCGAUGUCCAGCUCUCCGUGGCCUGUCUUCCAUGGUUCCUCAGUCUAUUUAUCAACUCGAUGCCGCUCAUUUACGCCUUCAGAGUCCUCGAUUGCUUCUUCUUCGAAGGACCCAAAGUACUUUUCCAGAUUAGCUUGGCUAUCUUAAAGGUCAACGGCGAUGAAUUGCUUGCAUCCCGAGACGAUGGGGCAUUCAUGGACGUCCUGAAAAAUUACUUUAAUACCCUGGAUCAGUCAGCGUUUCCCAACAGCACCAAUCCAAAGGCGCGGGUACUGACAAAAUUCAACGAGUUGAUGUUAGUCGCCUACAAGGAAUUUGAAUCUGUGACACCGGAGCUCGUAGCAGAAUUACGCAGGAACCAUCAGCUUAAGGUCGUUCACAACAUCGGAAGUUUCACUAAGCGUAGUACGCUUAGGAACAUCAACCCUGGAAAGUUCUCAAAGGACGAGAUGGGCGUUAUCUACGACAGGUUUUACAAUGCGUUGUUCUACGGCCGCCCUCAAGCCCGUGGCUCCAAUAAGCAGGAGAAUGCGCGAACCCUGGAUGCGACUACGUUUGUGUCCUUCUUAGGAAGCAUUGCCCACUGGGCGCAGGUUGAGGAUGACCAGACAGAGGCGGGCGAUGCCAUUUCCUUCAAUGGCUCCCCACAUCAUCGCAGACGGGGGUCCAACUCGACCACAUCGACUGCUCGGGAACGUCGGCAGAUUGUGGGCAGACAUUUCAUUAAUCGGCUGUUUGAGCGGUUUGAUCAAAAUGGUACAGGCUUGCUCUCUCUGCAGCAAAUCACGACUGGGCUGGACGACAUGAUCAACGGCGACCUUAUGACACGUAUGCAGUUCUUUUUUGAGUUGCACGACUUGAACAAGGAUGGAGCACUGAGUCGUGAUGAGAUCUUGGGCAUGUCAGAGAGUCUGCUGUUCAUUUUCCGAUUCGACGACGGCGAUACGUAUCUGGGAGCCAUUUCGAAUUUCAUCCGCAACGCAUUCGAGUUUGCGGAGAAGGUCGAGACACCCAAGGAGGAAGCAGAGCCCAGCGAAACUGUGGACGCGGAGAAGGACGCUAACGAGGACAGCACCUCUGAUGUUUCGGACGAAAAGAAAGUUAAAGAGGGAGAAAGUACACCUACAGAAGACGUUAAGGAAUCCUCUAAAGAAAAGUCAGCCAAUGCGAGCGAAGAGCCCGAGAUCCGAAUGUCACUCCCUAGUUUCCGCAUGGUGGUCCUGGCAGACGAAUCAUUAGAGAAAUUUUUCGACUCUGGUUUCGCCAGUUCAUUCAAGUUACUGGAGCCCAUUGAUCGUCAGCGUGGCCUGUUUGCGAGGGAGGUCUUUGAUUCGUUGUUGUCCGAGGGAAGGAAGCUUGCAGGCAGCAUUGCAGGCGGGAUUCAAAGCAGGAAUCGAUCACAGCCAUCUACUCCAGGCAUACCCAACUCCGCGACGCCUCCUUCUGUAUCGUCAGCACCCCUCCCCGAAAAUUCGACUAUGGAUGGUACCAAGUCUGUCGAUAAAGGCGAGAUCGACUCGGACGAGAAGAGCUCUAAACCCGUACAGGAUAAAGACAAGAGUGCUGACCGGACCGAAGAUGAGGAUGAUGAAGACUACGAGGACGAAGAAGAGGACGGCGAAGGCGACGAUUUGCUUGAUGAGGUCGAUAAGUUCCUGACAGAAUUCGAUCUGGAAAGCAGUGGAAAGAAGGAUCUCGGACUGACCUCUGUAGCUGGAGCCGCCGAUACCGCAAGCCUAUAAUACGCCUAAUCUCGUGCAUUCAUAUAUACAUACAAAAUAAACCUGAACAGAUA